UCACACACAGGGAGAGGCACCUCCACUCACACACAGGGAGAGGCACCUCCACUCACACACGUGGGGGGAGGGAGAGUCGGGGGACCUCCACUCUCUCUCUCACUCUCUCACAGACCGCGGGGAGGGAGGAGGCAAGGCACCUCCGCUCGCCUCUUGCUCGCUCUCUCGCCAGCGCAAGCAGCAGCAGCAGCUGCGACUCGUUCCGGCAGUCCCGCCUCUCGUUCGCCGCCGCCACAAGCAUCUGACAACAACGCACGCGACGACUACAACGACAACAACGACAUCGUCACAAAGAGGUGGUGGGGGGGGGGGUCGUGCUGCUGCUGCUGUAAUGACGACGCCGCUGUGAGCGCGAGUUGUGUGAUUCGCUCGAGGAGGAGCGAGCCUUCUUGCGACGCAGAAGACAACUUGCCCCAUUGCAGUCUCGUCUCGUCUCUAAACGGGUUGUCGACUUCGCUGAGAAGAUCGGGCGGCGGGGGGGAGAGGGGGAUUUUGUUUGCGAGUUUUUUUUGUUAUUGACCGCGCGUUUCUGUUUUGUGAACAUCAUCGAGGAGGAGAUAUGUGAAGACAUCUUCUCGGCGCGUGGUUGAAGAGCUAGUUUCAUCUUGUCAAGAUCAUUUUUCGUUCGACUUUCGUCCAGAACUGUUGAACGUACAUCCAAGCCUCUCAUCCUCAGCACCUGUAGACCGUUUGAAGAGCUGGCAAGAUGUGCUGCUGCUGCUGCUGCUGAGAGCUUGACAAGCCACAGCUGUAGGGCUCUACAGACGGCUCGAGAGAAACGAAGACCCCUUGAAGGCAUCAACAGCACCGCCAUAGUCACGCAUGCCAGACGACGAAACGUCAACACAGUUAAUUAUCCCUAGAAUCGCGCUUAACCUCAGUGCCGGAGUAACAUACUUCGUCAAAGUUUUCGUCUGCCGUGGUGCAGUGGUGGUACCUGUAGCGUGCAUCGCCACGACCACCACCACCAUCAUCAACAUCAACCACCACUGCCAUCAACAAGAUCAUCGGCACCGUGUUGUCCUUCAUGAGGAUCCGGCAGGGAUGCAUCGGGCUCGUAGAACAGAGCCUGCGUCGGGGGUGAGGACUCGGAUGGUGAUGCCACUGCUGAUGAUGAUGAUGCUGCUGAUGAUGCUGCUGCUGAUGAUGACGGUGACUGUGGCUGCGGUGGGGCAGAGUGGAGGGAUGAGCCCAGACGACGUGGAAGACGGACAGGAGAUGGACCUGCUGGCGCUGCUGCACGUGAGCGGCUCCCUACGCGGCGUCAGCGCGCUGCCCGCGUCCCCCUCGGAGCCUGCCGGCGCCUUCAAGCUGCGCCGCGCCACCCCGGAGCUGGCGCUGGCGCCCCGGGACGCGGCGCGGCUCGCCGCGGGCCUGCGGCGACGCGGAAGCCUGGGCCUCGCCUUCUGGGCCAAGCAGGCGCGCGGCAACGCGGGCGCCAUCUUCUCCAUCGGCGGCGGCGGCGAAGCCGGAGCCGACGACGUCGCCGGCGGUCACGACGACCACCCGCUGCUGGAGCUGUGGUCGAGCUACCGGGCGGACGCGCUGCGCCUGCACUACCGCUCGGCCAGGGGCACCGUGCGGGGGGGCAGCCCGGCGAGCCUCACCUUCCCCGGCGGCUCCCCCUUCCUGAGAGACGGGCAGCAGCGCUGGGCGCGCGUGGCCCUGUCGCUGUCGCCGCGCCGCGUCGCCCUCAUGGUAGAGUGCGACGCACCGCUCGUCCUGGAGCCUCCCGCGUCGCGUCCCGGCGACGUCCUGGACCUGCGCCUGCCGCCCGCCGGGGCCCGCGUCGUCCUCUCCGGCUCGGCCGUGGGGCCCUCGCGGCGACGCGCGGCCGCCGCGGGGUUGGAGAGGUCGGAGGAGAGGUCUAAGAGGUCGCGGAAACGCGAGGGCGGCCGGGGCGAUGCGGCGCCGGCUGCCCGAGUCGCGGCCGGCAAGUUUGUGGGCUACUGGCGAAUGGCGAAGAUCUUCCCCGGCGGACUCAGCCGCAGGCCAUGGCACUGUCCGGGCCUCCAAGAUGAAGACCUCGGUCCAAAACCCCAAGGGACCACCACUAACAUCACAGUCAACCCCACGACCCCGCGACCCACGACCCCGCGACCCACGACCCCGCCACGCCCUACGACCCCGCCACACCCUACGACCACGCCACGCCCUACGACCCUACCACGCCUUACGACCCCACCACGCCCUUCGACCCCGCCUAGCCGUACGACCCCGCCUACGACCCCGCGCCCCACGACCCCGCGCCCCACGACCCCGCGCCCCACGACCCCGCGCCCCACGACCCCGCGCCCCACGACUCCGCGCCCCACGACCCCGCGCCCCACGACCCCGCGCCCCACGACCCCGCGCCCCACGACCCCACGCCCUACGACCCUGGCACCGGUGACCACGGAACUCGACAGCUCCUCCGUUACAAUGACGACAACAGCGGCAGCGAGCGAUGAAAACGACGAUGACUACGACGGACUUCGCCUGCCACCGGCGCCAGACUCAUCGCUCCUCGAGACGUCCGGCCUGGACGGGGUCACGGGGGUGGCCGGGGGGGGAGGUCGCGUUGAGAGCGACGGCACGGAUUGGUCGAGCGCCGCAGACAUCUUCGGAGAGUUCCCCGCGGCUCCAGGCCUCGGCCCGGUGAGUGACCUCGACGAUGGCGGCAGCGAUGACGUAGGAGGAAGGGCUCGGUCUUCGUUCCACCGUGUCUCCCACGAAGAUCGGAUGGCGACGACCACGGAACGCCCCGAUGCGGAAGCUUGGGGAGGAACUGCCGACUUGGCUCGUGACCUCGACGGUGACCCCGGCCGUGACCCCGGCUCCAAACUCGAGCCAUCGAUGGAUGCUGGCUCGCAGCAACUGGACGGCCGAUGGUCCGGCACCGUCGGUGCCACGUGGCCCGGUUCAGACGAGCGGCUCGCUGGGGGCUUUCAAGUGGAUGACGGCGACGACGGCGAUGAUGGUGGUGACGGCGGUGACGGCGGUAACGGCGGUGAUGGUGGUGAUGGUGAUGAUGGUGACGACGGUGGCGAUGGUGGUGAUGGUGACGACGGCGGUGAUGGUGAUGAUGGUGGUGAUGGUGGUGAUGGUGGUGACGGCGGUGAUGGUGGUGAUAACGGUGGCGACGGUGGUGACGGCGGUGACGGCAGUGAUGGUGGUGAUGGUGACGACCGUGACGACCGUGACAACUAUGGCGACGAUGCUCGUGAAGCUCGUCCGCUGGUUGGCGAAGUGGAGGAGGACGCCGACGGGGAGACAGGGCCGGGAUUUGCCGGUCCCCCGGGCUCGGCGCGUCACCGCGCGCCGAUCUCUCGAUUCCGCCCGGCGGCCCCGCCCCGCCCACACGGCGACGAGGUGGCGGUGUCGGUGGAGGCGGAUGACGACGACGAUGAGAGGCACCCCCUCCCGGUGGACGACACGCGACUGGGGAGCGACGACGAGGUGGACGACGAGGUGGACUACGCGCUGUACGGGCCGCGGGGCUUGGAGCCCGACGCCGAGCUGGACUACUACCCCGACGACCUCCACGAUGAGAGCGACGAUGACGACGGCGGCGGCCGCGGUGUCGAGCGAGGAGGACGAGGAGGAGGAGGAGGAGGGGGCGGCGGGUACGCCCAGAGGCACGAUGUGGAGGCGUUCAACUUGGCGUCGAGGGAGGUGGAGCUCCGCGGAGGCCGGCACCGUGGCGUGGACCGAGACGGCGGCGAUGGUGGCGGUGGUGGCGGCGGUGGUGGCGGUGGUGGCGGUGGUGGCAUUGGUGGUGGCGGUGGACGCGUCGGGGGUCACGCUUCUCCUCUGCUGGCAGACCAGGGGGUUGGCGGUGACGGUGGCGGUGAUGGUGGGGCAGACAGGCUGGACACGGACACGGUGGCGCGCGUCGCCGCCCGCCCGCCCCUGUCCUCCGGAGACGCCGCUGGUCGCUUGUCCCGGCUGGAGCAGGAGUUCCAGGGCCUCGCCACCAUGCUGGACAUGCUCAAGGCUCAGAACGUGGAGUUGGUGGGUCGCGUGAAGCAGCUGGAGUCCUGCGAGUGCCGCCGGCCGGCGUGCGAGUGGCAGGGGCGCGCCCGCGCCCACGACGAGCGCUGGGAGGCCGACGCGUGCCACUCCUGCUCGUGCCGCGCCGGCUCCGUGGAGUGCGUGCCGCGCGCCGACCGCCCCGAGUGCGCCGAGGGGUGCCUCUCCUCCCCAUGCUUUAACGGGGGCUUGUGCCGGGCCGAGGGGCCAGGCGGCUUUACCUGUGAGUGCCCGGCGCCGUUCUUCGGGAAGGCGUGUCAGCUGGCCUCUAUACAGGACUGCUACCUCCCGCCUUCCGAGGGCGCGGCCUGCCGGGAGGGGGCCGCGCCGGCCCCCCGCUCCUGGUACUUUGACGGCCGCUCGGCCCUCUGCCGGGAGUUCCCCUACGCCGGCUGCGGUGGCAACGCCAACCGGUUCGGCAGCGCCGCCGAGUGCCGCUCCCGCUGCGAGCUGGGCGCCUGCGUCUACCGCGUGCGUCGCGCCACGACGUCGCCGCCGCCGUCGCAGCCGCAGUCGUCGUCGUCGUCUUCGGAGGAAUUUGGCAGCGACGGUUCAACCGCCUCGUUCCUGCCGCGGAGACACAAGUAUAACAGCAGCAGCGGCGGUGGCGGCGGAGGUGGCGGUGUUGGCGUCUACAGGGAGAUCCACGGUUUCCCGCGAGACUUGGGUUACGGCACUGGCGCCGGUGCUGGUGGUGGAGGCGGCGACCCCGGUGUCGAGUACGCCGGUGACGGUGGAUUUGGUAACGGUGGAUUUGACGGCGGUGUCGGCGACGACGGUAACAGCCUGGACGGGAACGAGCUGUGGCCACCACCCGGCCGCCGUCACCUGCGGCCCGGCAUGAACGUUGCCGCGCCCGCCGGUGCUGCCGGCGCCGCUCUCUAUGGCCGGCGCCGGCACCAGAGGGCUCACCGCGGCGGCGCCGGUGCAGAGGGAGCGCCGGGCGGUGGGGGCGCAGGCUGCUCAUCGGCCGGCGGCUACGAAUACCGGUGCGAGACGCUCACCAGGGCUGACUGCCUCAGACUCGACGGGCUGGAGCUGAGCGACGAUGGUGGAGGUUACGGAGGUGGUGGUGAUGACGAUGCUGGCGGUGGUGGCGAUGGUGGCGAGCACGGUGGAUCCCGUGGCCCGAGAGAAGGCGACGGUGGUGGUGCUCGUGGUGCUGGUGGAGGUGCUUUCGGUGGAGUUGGAGUCGGCGCAGGAGAUCAUGUAUCUGCCGGCAGUGUGGGUGGUUUUGUUAAUGAAUUUGGUAGACCCGUAGUGGCUGGACCACCGAUCGCAGCCGGAGGAGGCGGGCGUGCAUUCGGCGGUGGUGCUGUCGGAACCACCGUGGCCAGAUUGGCCCGGGCCAACGCCGGCAGCCGACCUACCAACGCCGCCGCUGCAGGCGGGGGAGGUAUCCUGGCCGUCGGCAUUCGCGAGGUCGUGGGCUUCUCGCCGGGACAGACGUGCGGCCGCGGCGGCGCCGGCGGACUCUUCCCACCACCCUGCGGCUGCGCCGGCGGCGCCAGCGCAGCCGGUGGCUCUGGUGCCGCCCGAUCACGGCGAGCGGCGGGCGACGGUGGCGACUGCACGGCGUGCGGCUGCGGCACGGACGGCCGGCCCGUGUGCAGCUGCCGGAACCCGGUUCGGCGCAAGGAGAUCCACGACCUGACGGAGGAGGAGCGCCGGCGAUACCGGGAGGCCGUGUGGCAGCUCGUCGAUGCAGGCACGUGGUCCGAGCUGGCGCACACCUUCUCCGCUCACGCCCCGCGGGGCCGCCGCUCGCGCCCCUCCUCGGCGCUGCCGUGGCUGCGCGCGUUCCUGCGGCACGCCGAGGCGCUGCUGCAGCGCGCCGCCGGCUCCUGCGCCCUCGCCGUGCCGUACCACGAGUGGCCCGUCGACGCCGGCGACGUUGACUCGUCCGUCGCGUGGGACCCCGACCUGUUCGGCGGCGACGGCGCCGACGCCGGCGACGGCUGCGUGCGGCCGAACCCCUUCGAGAGGCCCGGCGCCGCCUGGUCCCCCUGCCUGCGCCGGCGCUUCGACAUCUCCAUCUCCCUGCCGGACGCCGUGGACGUCCACCUGGCGCUGCUGUCGCCCGACUUGGCCGCGCUGACCGAGCGCCUGCUCGCCAUGUCGGCGCUGUUCCGGCUGCGCGUGGGCGGGCACGCGGCGACGCCGCUGGCGCCGUACGACCCGCUCUUCCUGCCCCACCUGGCCUACGUGGACCGCCUCUGGGCGCAGUGGCAGGAGCAGAACCCCGGCGCGGGGCCUCCCCGGGAGACGCCGCCCACCGAGACGGUGCCGUUCGGCCCGGCGCCCGACGACGGCCGCCGCUGCGUGUCGUACGUGCCGCUCACGCUGGGCACCCCCUGCAACGUGACGGCGGCCGGGCCGGCGGCGCUGCGCCGGCCGAGGCCACCGAGGGGUCGCGAGGGUCGCGCCUCGAGGGCGGCCGCCGCCGCCGACGGCCGGGGUCGCGCGCCGCCCGACGCGCGCUCCAACGACGCCGGAGAGUUCUUGGAGGGUUUCGUGGAGGUCGCCAAAUACGGCGCGAAGUUGGGAACCCGCAGCACCACCACCACCGCCGCCGGCGGUGGCUUCCUUCCUCCGCCUCCGGGCGUCGAGUGGAACCAGUUCACCCGGAGCCAGCUCGGCCAGAACGGAUUCGAGCCGGAGCGGCCCGACGAGAGCCGGUUCAAUCGACGGCCGUCGUUGCCCCGCAACGCCUUUGAUCCGGAGUCGCCGGAGCCGGCCCGGUUCGACCACGAUCCGUUGGACCGCGGUACGUCCGGCCGCACCGGCGGCGGCGGCAGCGUCCGCCUCUUCGACCGCGACGGCUUCGACUCGGAGGGCUUCGACCGCCUGGGCUACGGCCGCUACGGCUUCGACCGCUCCGGCGUGACGCCGUUCGGCAUGCGGAGCGACGGCACGUUCGCCCGCACUGCCGACCGCGUCGCCGCCGCCGCAGCGGGCCUCUUCGACCCCUCCGGCCACAACCGGCACGGCUACAGCGCGUUCGGCCUGGACCGCGCCGGCUUCGACGUCUUCGGCUUCGAUCGCGACGGCUACGACAAGGACCGCUGCAACUACUUUUUCGCCGGGCCCCACUACCUGCGCUUCUACUUCUUCGCGACGCAGCAGCUGGCGGCGGCGGCCGGAGGGGAGGCGGCGCUCGCCGGCAUACGCCGGAUCUGCCCGCCCGUGUCGGAGGUGCCGGCCUGGUGGCUGGAGGCGGAGGGCGUCGGGGGGCGGCCGUCGCCGGGAGGCGCCGGCGGGCGGCUCCGCGAGCACGGCCAGGCCCCGCGGAGCUCGUCGGUGACGCACGAGGGACUCUGGCUGCCGGUGACGCCGGACGCCAGGUUCUGCUUCGAGCUGCACUGGUUCUCGGGCUGCCCGCUGGGCUCCCGGCCCGUGACCUGCGGCCAGGACCUCUGCCUGGGCGCCGCCUGCUCCGGCUUCCCCCACGCCGAGUGCCGCAUGCGCAACUGCGGCUCGUGCUACACCGAGUGGCUGGAGCCGCAGACGGGGGCCCUGCUCAUGUGCCUCGGCUGCAUCGACGAGCGGGGAAUGUUCCGCGCAGAGGGCAGCUCCUGGGUCAUGACCUGCUGCAGCUACGACGGGAAGAUCUACAAGAACCAGGAGACGUUUCACAUCAACGCCUGCACGUCCUGCGUGUGCGUGAAUGGAGACGUCAGCUGCAAGGAGGAGGAGUGUGCUCGAGCCAAGUGCCGCAACUCCGUCAAGAAGCCCGGAGCCUGCUGCCCCACGUGUCCCAAGGACUGCGAGGGUGGCCAUGCGCACGCGGUCACGUGGGCUCCCGACGCCUGCACCACGUGCCGUUGCACGGAUGGGGUUGUUGAGUGCCAGGCGACCGUGUGUGCUGAGCUCAGCUGCCCCGUCACUCAGCACUUGCCUGGGCAGUGCUGCCCCUCCUGCCGGCCUGGCUGCGAGUAUGAAGGGCAGCAUUACAAGGAAGGGCAGUUCUUCACCGCAAACAGCAACCCCUGUCUGAAUUGCUCUUGCCUGGAUAGCCUGAUCCGCUGUUCGCCCGUGCACUGCCGGCCACUCGCGUGCCGACACCCCAUGCAAAGACCCGGGCAGUGCUGCCCAGAGUGUCGCGGAUGCCUAAUCAACGGGCAGGCGCUGGAGAACGGAGAGACGGUCAACCCCGGUGGUGGCUGUCAGAAAUGCACCUGCCUGGGCGGCGAGCUGGGAUGUGACCGGGGCCCGCCGGUGUGCGAGCUGCCCUCCUGCCCCCACCCCGGCCGCCCGGAAGGGCAGUGCUGCCCCUCGUGCGACGGCUGUGAGUUUGAGGGGCAGGCGUUCCGCAGUGGAGAGACGCGACCCUCGCCCCUCGCUGGGCCCUGCAUCCAGUGCACCUGCACGAGCGGCACGGUUCACUGCGUGGAGGAGGUCUGCCCCCCGCUGCCCUGCACGGAGCCCCACGUGGAGCCGGGACGCUGCUGCCCCAUGUGUAGAGGCUGUGUGGUGGACGGGAAGGAGGUCGCGGAGGGCUCGCGCGUGGAGGGGCUGCACGAGACUUGCCCGACCUGCCGGUGCCUCGACGGGCAGCUCCUGUGCCACGGGGCGCUGUGCCUCCCCACGCUGUGCCAGCAUCCGGCCCGCAUUGCCGAGGAUUGCUGCGCCGUCUGUGAUCGCUGCAGCUACAGAGACCGCGUGUUCAGCAAUGGCCAGGCCUUCACUGACCCCAGCGACCCGUGCCUCAACUGCCUCUGCCAGGACGGCACCGUGACCUGCGACCCCGCCGUGUGCCCUCCGACCCCGUGCAGCCACCCGGAGAAGAAGGACGGCCAUUGUUGCCCGCGAUGCCCCGACUGCACGUUCGAGGACCGCGUGUGGCGCGAGGGGGAGCGCUUCCCGAACCCCGCGGGGAGCUGCCAGGACUGCGUGUGCCACGAUGGGCGCGUGGAGUGCCGGGAGCGGGCCUGCCCUCAGCCCGCCUGCCCCCACAGCACGCCGGGCGCCUGCUGCGCCAGCAACUGCAACGGCUGCAGCUAUGCCGGGAAGGACUAUCCCAACGGGAUGGAGUUCCCACACUCCUCUGACGACUGUCGCGUCUGCCACUGCAUCAACGGCAAGGUGCAGUGUCCGAAGAAGCGCUGCCCCGUGCUGGGCUGCCCCGAUCCACUGCUGCCCCCAGGAGCCUGCUGCCCCACGUGUCCAGAGCCCCCCGCGGGCUGCGUGUACCUGGGCGUGCGCUACGACCACGCGCAGCGGUUCUACGACCCGAGCGAGCGGUGCCGCGCGUGCGUGUGCGCCAACGGCACGGUGACGUGCAUGCGGCGGCCCUGCCCGCCCGUGCCGUGCUCGCACCCGCGGGCUCACGCCUGCUGCCCCUCCUGCGACGGCUGCCUCCUGCACGGCGUGGAGCUGGUGGAGGGGGAGCGGCGGCAGCAGCCCGGCGAGCCGUGCCGCGAGUGCGUGUGCGCGGCGGGCUCCGUGACGUGCCACGCGCUGCGCUGCCCCGCGGACGCUUGCCCUGCACCCGGCGCGCGGGCACUGCUGCCCGUCCUGCGACGAGGUGGCUGUGGCUACCUGGACUCGGAGUACCUCAACGGGCAGGAGUUUGAGGAGCCGGGCUCGCCGUGCCGCGUGUGCGUCUGCUCCGACGGCGCCGUCACGUGCCGCGUGCGCCCGUGCCCCCACCCCGCGCGCUGCACGCACCCAGCGGUGCCGCGCGGCACGUGCUGCCCGGUGUGUGACGGCUGCGUGGUGGACGGGGUGACGCACAAGAACGGAGUUUCAUUCCCCGACCCCACGGACGACGCCUGUUCUCGCUGCACGUGUUCGGAUGGCUCUGUGGUGUGUGCGCGUGCGCCCUGUCCAGCCGUUGCCUGCAGCCACGCCACGGUGGGGGCCUGCGAGUGUCCCGUGUGUGAUGGCUGCCGGUUCCAGGGCAGAGACUACGCGGGCGGAGACGCUUUCCCUGCUCCAAAGGCGCAGUGUCAGGACUGCACCUGCAAGCGAGGCUCCGUGCGCUGCUCCCCCCGCGUGUGUCCCUCCGCCCCCCCCGCCGGCGGGGAGCCCUGCCCCCACCCGGGGCUCGACGCGUGCGGCUGCGCCGAGUGUGGCGGCUGCCGGUUUGGGGGGCGUACGUGCGCUGACGGGGAGGCGUUCCCCCACCCCAGCGAGCCCUGCUCCACCUGCCUGUGUCAGUCGGGACGUGUGACGUGCGAGCCGCCCGCGUGCCCCCCGCUCAGCUGCGCCGACCCGGAGCCCCCCGUGCCCCCCGCGUGUUGCCCCGUGUGCUCGGGGGGGUGCCGCGUCGAGGGGGGAGGGCCGCGCGUCCCCCACGGACGCCGCUACGACGACCCCCGCCGGCCGUGCCACUCCUGCACCUGCAGGAACGGCGACCUCUCCUGCUCCCCGCGCCGCUGCCCCCGCCCGCGCUGCUCCCACCCGCUGCCCGCGCGGCCCCCGGCCUCCUGCUGCCCCUCGUGCGCCGGCGGCUGCCUCCACGAAGAGGGCGUCGAGCUGGCCGAGGGGCAGGCGGCGCCGCGGUCGGAGCUCGCGCCCUGCCAGCGCUGCGUGUGCCUGGCGGGCAGCGUGCUGUGCACGCCCCUCGCCUGCCCCCGCGAGGGCGCCGCCUGCCUCCGGCCCCGCGUGCCCGAGGGGCAGUGCUGCCCCGUGUGCGAAGGCUGCAUGCACAUGGGCGUGGAGCUGAGCGAAGGUGACAUCUGGACCGACCCUCGUUCCCCGUGCGAACUCUGCGUCUGUAAGGCUGGGCACGUGCUGUGCGAGCAGGGGGAGUGCAGCGGCUGUCUGCACGAAGGCCGCUUGCUCGCGGACAGAGAAACCCUCCAGCCAGACGCCUGCACCACCUGCACCUGCCAGGCAGGGAGUGUGCACUGCACAGCCAAUCCGUGUCCUCCUCUUCGCUGCGUCCAUCAGUUCACGGUCCCGGGGGAAUGCUGCCCACAGUGCCAAGGCUGCGUGUACGAGGGGCGGGUGCACGAGGAGGGCUCCGCGUGGGUGCCCGCGGCGCGGCCGUGCCUCGCCUGCGCCUGCCACUCCGGCGUCGUCACCUGCUCCGCGCCGCUCUGCCUCGCCGUGUCGCCCUGCGCGCCGCCGACCUCCGACCCCGGCGACGGGCGGUGCUGCCCGCGGUGCUCAGGCUGUGUACACGGCGGUGUCACCCACAAGCCAGGACACUCGUUCCAGCCGUCACAUGACCCCUGUGAGAUCUGCUUCUGCGAGGAGCUGUCGAGCGGCGAGCACGUGCUGCACUGUGAGCGCAGGAUGUGCCCGAGCCUCGUCGACUGCCCCCACGCCAGCGUGCAGCCUCCCCCCCCGGGCAGCUGCUGCCCCACCUGCACAGCGGCUCUGGGCAACUGCUCGUUGUCGGUGAGCGGGCGCCAGGUGUACGCCAGCGAGGACCCCUGCUACAUGUGCGAGUGCCAGGAGAUCACGUGGGUGUGCGUUCGUCAGCUGUGCCCCACCCUGAGCUGCCCCCUGGUGGAGCAGUUCACCCCGCCUGAAUCGUGCUGCCCCAUCUGCGAAGAUUGCGUGAUCGAGGAUCGACGCGUACCCGACGGAGGGACUUUCCUCGACGGAGCAAACAGCUGCAUCACCUGCAUCUGCUCGCUUGGACACGUAGAAUGCACCAUCGAAGAAUGUGCCCCGGUGCAUUGUGGGAUGGGAAUGGAGCUCGAAAUUCUUCCUGGGGUGUGCUGCCCCGAAUGCCGAGAGCGGCGCGUGCCGUGCGUGUACGCGGGCCGUGAGCUGGGCCCCGGGGCGCGCUGGGCCGUGGACGAGUGCACGCGCUGCACCUGCGUGGGAGGCAACGUGCACUGCAGCACGGAGCGCUGCGCCCCGCCGCACUGCCCCAACGACGAGAUCCCGACGCUGACGGGCGGCGCGUGCUGCCCCCGCUGCCUGCCCCGCCCGGCCACGUGCGUCGUGUUUGGCGACCCGCACUACCGCACCUUCGACGGCGCCACGGUGCACUUCCAGGGCUCCUGCAGCUACACGCUGGCGCAGGACUGCACCGCGCGUGACUUCACGAUCCAGGUGACGAACGACAACCGCGGCCUGCAGGGCGUGUCGUGGACACGUGACGUGCUGGUGCGUGUCGGGGAUGCACACGUGUGGCUGCUGCAGGACUGGGAGGUCAAGGUGAAAGGCGAGACCGUGACACUGCCGUACCUGAAGGAGCCGCACCUGUACGUGGAGAGGAAAGCGAAUCACAUCCUUCUCAACACCAACAUCGGCCUCAAGGUGCUGUGGAACGGCAAGAGCCACCUGGAGGUGAGCGUGCCCGGCUCCUACAAGGAGCGCACCUGCGGCCUGUGCGGGAACUUCAACGGCAUCGCGCAGGACGACACGAGGCUGCCCAGCAACGCCAUCGCGUCUUCGCACGCACACUUCGGCAACAGCUGGAAGGUCACCGACCCCAGCUCCCCGGCGCCGCCGUGCGAGGACGUGGACGACGUGGACCCGUGCCGCCGCGCCGGCUACCGUGCCCACCGCGAGGCCAACGCGCGCUGCCGGGCCCUGCGGGGGGCGGCGGGCGGCGCCUUCGCCCCGUGCCGCGCCGCCGUGCCCCCCGCCGCCUUCUACGCCGCCUGCGUCUACGACCUCUGCGCCUGCGCCGCCGGGCUGGGCGGCGGCGCCGGGCUCGGAGCGCCGCCGACGUCGCCCGAGACGUGCCUGUGCGACGUGCUGGAGGCGUAUGCCGCUCGCUGCCACGCCGCCGGGGUCCACGUGCAGUGGCGCACCGCCACGCUGUGUGCCGUGUCCUGCCCGACGGAGCGUGGCUACGUGUUUGACGAGUGCGGCCCGCGCUGCCCGCGCACCUGCUACAACCGCGACGUGCCGCUCGGCGUGGUGGAGGCCGCGUGCCUGCAGCCGUGCGUGCCGGGCUGCCAGUGCCCCGCCGGACUCGUCGAGCACCUGGGCGCCUGCGUGCGGCCCGAGGCUUGCCCCUCGGUGGUGUACGGCGACGACGCGGGGCCCGUCACUGCCGCCGCAGACGCCGCGUGAUACGGUGGAGCAUUCGCUCUACGCCCGUCGCGUCACGUCCUGUCCGUCCGUCCGUUCCAUCCAUCCCGUCUGUCCAUCUGUCCCAUCUGUCCCAUCCCAUUCCAUCCAUCCCGUCUGUCCGUCUGUCCCAUCUGUCCCAUCCCAUUCCAUCCAUCCCGUCUGUCCAUCUGUCCCAUCUGUCCCAUCCCAUUUCAUCCAUCCCGUCCAUCCGUCUUUCCCGUCCUGUCCCAUCCGUCCUUCCCGUCUGCCUACAAAUAACUCGAGGUGGUGGGGUUCUAGCCACGGGGCCCUCGACUGCGAAACCUGCCGCGUGCCGCCGAGCCCGCGAGAUGCCAAGCGGCGCAUCCCGUCGCGAUCGCCCUCGUGCCGGGAGAACCACGAAGCCGACGCCGACGCCGCGCUCGCGGCUUGGAUGCGCCGCGCGCUCCGCUCACCGCCCAUGGUAACAAACAAAACGGAGCCACCCUGGACCCAAUCCCCUUGCCAGCGCCGACCCCGACCCUCGCUGGUGCGUUCCACCCUUCGCCGUGACUCUCGACGCGAGCUCUGGCCGCCGUCCUGGGCCAGAGUCGAACUCGCGCGCCGUCUUGUUCACCGUUGUCAGGGAAUGUGCUCCGAACGCCUCGAACCAAGCGCCAAACUGCACCCUCUGUCCCACAAGCCACACAAACUCUCAUCCACGUUCACUCGCGCUAUAUAGCCCGUCCGUUUGUGCUUUCACUUUUGCCAGUCGCUAUUUUAGACACGUCUAUGUAUUUUUACGACGACAAAAUGUUUUAUUGUUGCGUUCACAUCAUACCUCUGCAUGUAAUUGAACCUAUAUCCAAAGACAAAGAUCCCCCGUGUAGCCUUAACAAACUCUUGGGGCAAGUGCUGUUAGCGAGCACCUAUGAAGGCCGGCACGGCACACGAGGGGCUGGGUGGCCAGCACCACGCCCGGCCGCCUUUGUCUCCCCAAAGCGCUGAUGUUUACACACCGCACCCAGGUGCUCAUUUAAGGCUGAGUCGACCUCGGGGAGACUCAGGACCGGUUCAAAUAUCUGCACUGGCGAUGAGCGGGAGUUGAACCCGGGUGGCCGGGUAUGGAGCGUGGCGUUGACAACAACUCCCGCGCCCCACAAUUGAACAUGCACACAAACUUGUGUGUGUGUGUGUGUAAUGGGUGCUAACAUGAGGGUAUUUUAUAUAAAAAAAAAUAUAAUCGCAUUUUUAUACACACACAAUUG